AUGCUAGUGCUUGUGCCAAACAAGCUCUGGCCCGGUUCAGACAAGGGUAGUAUUUUCUGGAACUUGGCUGGUGGACUAGUCUGGCUUCAGCACAACCACACAGGGCAAAUGUCACAACCAGCAGGGGCCAACUACAGCAACUUCAAUGUCAGCGAUCAAGCCAGGGUACACGCGGGCGAUAACUACAUCACUUUGCCGGCCCCAGCCAAGCCAUCACCACGGUCUCUAGUGCCUCAGUUCUUCAGCAGAGACAAGAGCUUCAUCGGCCGCGAGGACAUCAUCAAGGACUUAGAGAGUAGACUCGCCAACGACGACUACCACAACAGGAUCGCAUUGACGGGGCUUGGUGGCAUCGGCAAGUCUCAGAUCGCCUUGGAGUUCGCGAGCCAUUAUUCGAAACGCCACCCUGGCCACUGGGUCUUCUGGGUCAGCGCGAGCUCGAAAAGCCGUUUUGUGCAAGACAUGGAAGAAAUUGCAGCACUUCUAGGGAUGCCCGCUACUACUGAUCGCCAGGGAACGCUUAAAUCUGUCUGCCGUUGCCUGAGUGACCCUCAAAACGGCACCUGGCUCAUGAUCAUCGACAAUGCUGACGCCGAAGACCAAUUUGGACUUUAUUAUGACAAGGACACAAUCCGCCGUUGGUUUUCUCUCGCCAAUUGUCUGCUCUUCGUCUGUCAACCUGCAGCUACUGAGCAGAUACUGAACCGUCUCACGGUCAUUCUCGACAUUAUGGGUGAGCUCUACCCUGACCAUGCGAGCCUUGUACUCUAUCACACAGUCGUCGAUAUGCUUGUGGACGUACGUGUCGCCAGGAACAAAGAGCUAGGGAGUAUGUUGCCUCUACUGGAUGCAUUUCCUGCUGCUCAGCAUAGCAGCAACACAUCAUCGGUCAUUAACAGGGUACUGGUGGAUGUCGAUGUCCUCAUGCGAGCCGGCAACGUUCGAGGGGCUGUGAGAUACCUAGAGCCGCGCGUGCAUAAGCUAGCCUGCGUUAUUGCUGGCAACAGAAUAUGUGAGAAACUCAUACAAUGCUACUGUAUGCUGGGAGAGUACGCCAAAGCGGAGGCUUUCGCAGAGGACAUUCAGCAGAGCAAGCGAAACAGUCGCAGGAGCGAUCUAAACAUUCGAUAUCACCGUCAGUUGAACUUGAGCGAGAUCCGGAGGUGGCAAGGACGCAACGAAGAAGCAGUCGAUAUCAUGCGGCAUGCCUUGAAGGAAUUGGAAAGGGCUGGAGAGGAUCCCGCAGGCGCCACCGCCGUCCAGCGCAGAUGGUUACUGAACAUAUACUUGGCCAAGGCCAGAGCUUCGAAUGACAAGGACCAAUAG